AUGGAGUAUGAUUCGGUUACAAACAUUAUGAAUGUUACUCUUUCACCUUCGUCUUCAAAGCCUAAAAUGCCUGUCUUGUCUUACCCAGUGGAUCUCUCUCCAAUCGUCGAAGAAAAUACGUACGUUGAAAUUUCUGCUUCAGCAGGGUUGCUAGCAAGUUCCCAUUACCUUUUAGUCUGGAGCUUGAAAAUAAAUGGAAAAGCCAAGUCGUUGGACUUCGAUCUUUUCCCAUCAGUUCCAGGAACGAAAAAGAAAAAUGCAAGCCUAAUUGUAGGUCUCUCAGUGCUGGCAGUUGUUUUUACCUUGAGUUCAAUCUUAUUUGCUGUUUCAAGGGGGUACCUUGCACUCGAAUUUCCUAGGACAGGACGAGACACUAAAAGGUCUGAUGUGUUUUCCUUUGGUGCUCUGUUGCUUGUGGGCGUAGGCCAAUUGAACCCGAGGAAGGACCAGAGGAGUUAG